AUGCAGAAAAACUUUUAAAUGAAGGAUAACCAAGUGAAAACGUGCAGUAUGGAAAGAGAAUUUUUGUAUGAAUUCUGCGCUGGAAAUGAACAUUUUGUGCUUACAGUUCCACUGAAAUUUCCAGUGCAAGAAAAAGCUAGCCAUUUGCAUGGACGCCUAAUGCUUCUUCACAACUUGCCAUGUUUCAUAGAAAAUGAUUUAAAAGAAUCUCUUAAUAGAUUCAUUGAAGAGGAGUCCAUAAAAGAUUAUGAUAGAGAAGCAGAAGUUGCGCUGGAAGCUGUAAAAUCUGACAAAGUAGAUUUAAAUCAUCUGGCAAAUGCUUGGGCCAAAGCCUAUAGUGAGGCAGUAUUGGAACAUGCAAGGCCAGAGGAUCCUAGCUGGGAUGAAGAUUUUGCAGAUGUCUAUCAUGAUCUGAUCCAUUCUCCUGCUUCUGAAACUCUGUUAAACUUGGAACACAAUUAUUUUGUUAGCAUCUCAGAAUUAAUAAGUGAAAGAGAUGUAGAACUGAAAAAAUUGCGGGAAAGGCAGGGUGCUGAAAUGGAUAAGGUGAUGCAGGAACUGGGAAAAUCAUUAACAGAUCAAGAUGUAAAUAUGUUGGCAGCUCAACACUUUGAAUCCCAACAGGCACUGGAAAACAAAUGGAAUAAUGAACUGAAACAAACAUCAGGUAUCCAGAAACAAGAAUAUCAAGAAUGGGUGAUAAAACUUCACAAGGACCUUAAAAAUCCAAACAGCACUAUUGGUGAUGAAAUAAAAGUUCAGCCAAAUCAGUGGAGGGAAUCUGUAGAAGGAAAUGGGAGACUUUUUGAAGACCAGAGACAAUUGGAAGAAAGUUUCACUAUCCACUUAGGAGCACAACUGAAAACCAUGCAUAACCUCAGGUUAUUGAGGGCAGAUAUGCUAGAUUUCUGCAAACAUAAACGCAAUCAUCGGAGUGGAAUUAAACUGCACAGGCUUCAAACUGCCCUGUCACUUUAUUCAGCUUCUCUUUGUGGCCUUGUCUUAUUGGUGGAUAAUCGCAUCAGUUCAUACAGUGGGAUCAAAAGAGAUUUUGCAACAGUCUGCCAGGAGUGUACAGAUUUCCACUUUCCUGGGAUUCAGGAGCAGCUUGAAAUUGUUCAACAGGUUGUUCUUUAUGCUCGAGCACAACAUAGCAGUAAAUCUAAAAGGCUAAAUGAAGCAGGAAGCAAAAAUAGUGCAAGUGAUGAUAAAUCUAAGACUGUUGAUCAAAACCCUGCAAAUAUCUUGCCAGGAGAAUUUUACAUAAGUCGCCAUUCAAACCUCUCUGAAAUUCAUGUUACUUUUCAUCUCUGUGUGGAUGAUAAUGUGAGGUCAGGUAAUAUUACUGCCCGGGAUCCUGCAAUCAUGGGCCUCCGAAAUAUCCUCAAAGUAUGCUGUACACAUGACAUUACAACCGUCAGUAUUCCUCUUCUGCUGGUACAUGAUAUGUCUGAGGAAAUGACUAUAUCUUGGUGUCUAAAGAGAGCGGAGCUUGUAUUUAAGUGUGUUAAAGGAUUCAUGAUGGAAAUGGCUUCCUGGGAUGGCGGGAUUUCUCGAACUGUGCAAUUCCUAGUACCUCAGAGUAUUUCAGAAGAGAUGUUCUACCAGCUGAGUAAUAUGUUGCCACAGAUUUUCCGUGUUUCAUCUACACUUACUCUUACAUCCAAACAUUGAGUUCCCUCAAAUACACUGGAAAAAAACUGUAGGAGGACAACAUAGGAUUCAUUUUGUUCCAUGAAGCACUUGUUCAUCAGUGAAUGUGAUUAUUGUGGACAUUCAUGACAAAACUGGAAUCUAAAGACACCUGCAGUGUGCAAAAUAAAUCUAUGUUUGCAUCAGGAAGAAUGAAAUAUUUUGUGUAUCCCCCACCCCCUGUUUCUGGCUUGAGCAUUCCCACCAUAUUGAAUGGUUUUCUGAGAGCACCCUGGGGUUCAGAAGCAAGUUGUGGAAGACUAUAGGAACUGUGGUAGGAAAAAAUGUUGUGUAUCAGCUUGUAACCCUGUAUCCUGGCCUAGUAAUUCGUAGUAGAAUUUUCAAACAAAAGGAGGGGGAAAUCUUUUGGUUUGUUUCAGAUUUGGAUUCCUUGACACAGCCUUUGUCUGAUGAGGUUCUGAAUAUGAUAUUAGUUUUUCUUGCCUUGACAUCACUUUACGUAAAAUAACAUCUUUGGAUUUGUGAAACAAAGUAUACUAGGGGGAGAAGGACUGAAGAAUUCUGCUCUCGGGAUUAAAGCUCUGGCCUAGAAUCAGUAGGCUAGCCCCAACUAGAUAGAUCCAUUGAAUCAAUUGGCUUUACGUAAGUUUUGAUUUAUUGUUCAAUGGAUAUAUUCUUAGUGGCCAAGCAAUUGGAUUUAUACUUUGGCUUACAAAAGUAUUCCAAGCCAGAUAUCACUGGGAAGCUCACAAGCAGAAGGUAUAGCUUGCAUCUGUCAGUUGUCAUUAUUCAAAGAGAGUUACUAGCUCUGAAUACAGAGCUUCCAAAUAAUAGCAGUGGCUGAUCUGUUCACACAUAGACUGGUCCUCUGUGAUUUAGUCCCACACAUUAUGGUUUUUUCCUUUGUUUUCCCUUACAGAAGUCAUCCAAGUAAAUGAGCAGUUAAUGUCAUGUUAAUUAUUCCUUUGAUAGAGUACUCUCUGAAACUCCUGUAUGAAUGUAAUUGGGGCACCCUGAAUUAAAUUAUCAAUUUCUUUUUUGA